AUGGUCUGGUCCAACAAAAUCGUCGAACCCAGAACUGUAUCCUUGCAAACAGUUCGGAACGGUCAGAUGCGGGCGUGGCUACAGACUAUUCGUGGCGAGAGCCUGUGGUCAGGUGCUGAGAGGGUGGAGGUGGGAGGAGGUCAUACCCUCCGGCGGAGGGUUGGCAUGCUCCCCUCGCCUUCUUUCACCCCCGCCUCCAACUGUGCGAAUAACACCACGCGCAAACGCGUCGCCAACGAGAAGUACUCCAUGGCGCCAGAGGAGCGCGAGAAGUCGCUCGGAAAAGUAGAGACCAUCUUGAGGAUUCCAGUUCAAGAAAGUAUCAGUGACAUUGGCCCACGGAUGCUCCAUGAAACUGACGAACCAGAUUACACCACGAUUCACAGCCAGGACGUGUUUCUAGCGAUGGCGGGGAAGAAGUGA